GGUGAACCACAACAUUAGCCAGCAUGGCUGCAGUGGCGGCGGCUGGAGACGAUGGAGAUCAGGCGGAUGUGUUUAUUCCGGGGGGUCGGAGUCAAGCAGACGAACUGGAAUACGUAGGACUCGAAUCCAUUGACAGGGCUUGUCUUGAGAUAUAUCCUGACCAACCUAAUCCUCUUCAAGCUACAGCAGUUGUCAAACUAUGGUUGGGAGGCCCGGACCCCCUUGACUACAUAUCAAUGUACUCUAACCCAGGUGACCCUGACCGCGCCAUUCUCCCUCACUGGCACUACGUUAGCUACGGCUUCAGCGAUCUCCAUGGAGACAGCCGGGUCCAUCCAAUCUCUGGACCGGGUCAACCAAGUGGAUUUGGUUUUGAACUGACGUUUCGACUGAAGAAGGAAGACGAUCAAAGUGUUCCCCCAAUGUGGCCUUCAAACCUGAUGAACAAACUAGCUACUUAUGUUUUUCAGACAGGAAAUGUUUUACAGGUGGGUGACCACAUUCCCUGGCACUGUCCAUUAGAUGGCGGUAGCAACUCCCUAAUACAGCAUAUGCUAAUUACAUCUGACCCACAAAUCCCUGACCUGGACACUCCCUACGGGUUCCUUCAAUUCCGGCAGAUUGUUGGUGUGAAGGACGAUGAGCUGAAAGCAGCUCAGAAGUGGAAAGGUGCAGGUGUACUGGAACUCAUGUGUACUGUCAAAGAGAUUGGUCCUCAUUUCAUCACGGACAUGUCUAGAACACGGUCAAUCUUUGAGAUGGACUCUAACCUGCUACACCGAGUAACCGCGGGUAUAGAACAGGACGGAUCAAAUCUGGGUCAUGUGACAGCAGUGUGUUCCUGGUCGGAAAUUUCAGCAGGGACAGUGUUUGAGAGGGGGACAGACAUGGUGACACAGACACCGUCAGUAGACGGAAUGGACACCGGCGACGACACCGUCACGCUCUGCCCGCCUGAGACUCUUGAGGCUGUACAUCUCAAAUUUGAUGCUGAGGCAGCAGAACUCUUGCCAUUAAUUGUCAAAGCCAGAUUACAAAAGGGCCGAUUCUUUGUGUUUCACAAUGCAGAAAACUAUGCAAUACAUCUGAUACCGCCAUCUUGCCAGGAGGAGAACCAGUUUGUUAGCCAAGGAGAGCCUCUCAAAGCACAGGGUACAUUCCUACAGAUCUAUUGUUCCGAGGCCCUCAUAGACAAAAUGUCACAGGAGUUUGAAAUGUUACAGGAUAAUUCUGAGGAGAACCAAGAAUAUCCCAUUGAGUUCCGGUUUUCCGACCCUACAAUUGUGAUAACAGUAUCACCACGAGGACAGCUCUGUUGUGACCUAUAAUGAAAACAUGUUGUAUACCUUAAGCUGGUAGGAACUGGGUUAUGGCAAUAAUGUUAUCUAACCCUAAUUUCUCUCUUGAUCGUGAGAGAGGGAAAAAAGCCGAGCCAAAUAUUAAGUUCUGACUUGAGCUUUAUAAAACUUUUUUUUUUCUUUAGAAAUGUUUAAGUAUCAUUGACUUCAGCUUUUUAAGAAAUUUUUGUCACCUUUAUAAAAUAAAUGUUUAAUUGGAAUUAUAUUCAGAGUACAAACUUAAAAUUUUCAGUUUCUUGAUUUAUGUACUUUAUAUGCAGAUUUGAAUAUUUUCUAAGGUGUACAGAAGACAUUUACAAUUUUUGUCACCUUUAUAAAAUAAAAGUUUAAUUAGAAUCAAAUUCAGAGUACAAACUUAAAAUUUUCAGUUUCUUGAUUUAUGUACUUUAUAUGCAGAUUUAAAAAAAAAUUAAGGUGUACAGAAGAUAUUUACAGAUUAUGUAAAAAAUAAAAAUAAAGUAAUAUUAAUGAAAAUUGAGGAAAAUGAGAAAAGAUGAUUUUAAGAAAACCUAAGUCUGAAAUAAGGGCCAGUACAUUGUAUUGUUAAAAAGCUACAUAAAAGGAGGUGGAAUCUGAAUCUUAGAUUUAUUUAUGUAUUACCCGAUUACUGUAACAACGGAACAGAUUUGUUGUGACAUGAAGUAACUAUUAAGUGAUCUGUGGAAUUAGUGGCUAUUUGUUGUAUUUGUUGAUUAAAGUGGCCAAUACAAAAUGUUGUCUUAUUGACAAGUGUAUUGUGAUCUUCACAAUGUUACACCGAAUCUGAUUAGUUGUUUGACUAGACCAUAUUCAUCACUUAACUCAUACUGGAACACACCUACAAUGUUUGGUACCUACUUCAUACUGUUCAACAUUUGUUAUAUGUUAUGCACACCUGUUAGCCACUUACUCGUUUAAAUGAACCGACUUCCAUGUUUGUACGACCCAACCCUGUUAAUUGUAUAACCCUAACCUGUUAAUUGUAUGACCCAACCCUGUUAAUUGUAUGGCCCAACCCUGUUAAUUGUAUGGCCCAACCCUGUUAAUUGUAUGACCCUACCCUGUUAAUUGUAUGGCCCAACCCUGUUAAUUGUAUGGCCCUUCCCUGUUAAUUGUAUGGCCCAACCCUGUUAAUUGUAUGGCCCAACCCUGUUAAUUGAAUGACCCUACCCUGUUAAUUGUAUGGCCAACCCUGUUAAUUGUACGGCCCAACCCUGUUAAUUGUACGGCCCAACCCUGUUAAUUGUACAGCCCAACCCUGUUAAUUGUACGGCCCAACCCUGUGGUAGGUACAUACAACCCUGUUCCCUACAUUGUUGCAUUUCAGACACAAACUUUGUUUCUAUGACACAACCAUACGUUUUGUACGGCCAUACCUUUCUGUUUGAGCAAACUUUGAUAUUUCCAUGUACUGACCCUGGUUUUUGACUCUACCUUGUUAUCCAAAUCAGUUAUAAUGUGUUUAUGACCCGGGCUUUGUUUUCGGCUCAGCAUUAGCUGUUCCGAGGCUACAACCCAACCUUGUUAUUCCUGUGACCGUGCGGCCUUGUUUGUUUGGCUCAUACUUGAUUUUUACCCAAUAUUCAUUCCAGUUUUGUGGAAUUCCAUUGCAUACCCUAGUGUUACAAGUCUGUGUACUGAAGUUGUUACAUUGAGACUGUUAUGUUAUGUAGUUUUAGUCUAAACAUUUGUAGCAAUAUAUAUCCUGUGUUCUGUCCCUGGCUAUGUUUUUCGCUGUUUUUCUUUUCUUUUAAUUACUUCAAUGUAGCAACAGAUUCUUUAAAUUUCUUUCUCCAUCAAAUACAAAGUCAAUUUGUAGAAAUAUUACUAACCUUUGUUUAUUAAUCUAAUCAAUUUCAAAACUCUGGUGUCUUCAAAAAUUUUGGAAUCAUUUCGUGAAAUUGAAUUUUUGUGACGUAUCUUGUGGCAUUUGGUCCAUCAUAAUCCCAAUAUUAUGCAAAUGAAUUGUAAAGUCAUGAAUCCAAUCCAGUUGUAGGGAGAGUGGUUUUAUGAAAGGAGUUCAUGAUCUUCUACAAAUAAGCUAGACCAUGGUGAUCACCUUAACAGCUGAUCAUUUUCAUUAGAAAUCAAAAUUAUCCGUAAAAUACACCCCUCCUUGACAAGUCCAUCAUCACACAAUAUUGUAAUCCAAUAGCUCGGUAACAAUUUAUCCAAGACACCUAUUAUUAGACUAACCUCAUGACAAAUGAAGAAGAGGCCCCAAAUACUUCUACAGUUUAAGACAGUACUUACGCUGAUUACAAUGUUUCCAAUAAAUAUAAGGCGGCUUAUUUUCCAGAUACGACCUCGAUACUUAUCUGAAAAACAUGUAUAACAAAAUGGAGGGCUUACAUGCUUUGAUUUUAUGUAGUUACUUGCAAUAAUCUGUCUCCUCAUUUCCUGUUAUUGGUUUUUCGUAUUGAAACUAAGUUGCGAUCGAGUCCAUGUUGGUGCUAUUGUAGUUUACAGUGAAACAUUGAUGUUUAUUUGUUCAGUUACCGCAAACUUAAUAUUCAUAUCCCGUAAUCUUUUCUAACAAUUUUUCAGAUAGCCCAAACCCCUGUGUACCAUAUUCCCUGUAAUUAGCUUAAUUAUCACCAUGACAUGACGUAAAUCGCUUCUUUCAAGCGUUGUACAAGGUACUGUAAAUGAUUGGUCUUGGAUAAGAAGGGGGUUUACAUAAUUCAAUGUCUCUCGAAAAAGGAGGAGGGGUGCUAAUUUACAGCAAAUACAUCAGUCAUUUGUAAAAAUAAUGUUACAAAACAAAACACGAUUUCAGGAUCCCUGACAAAUAAUUUGGAUAAAAAACAUACUUAACUCAUUCACCCCUGGAGACACAUUUGAACUCUACCAAUUCAAAGGUUGGAAUAGUCCAUUAUGAAAUUUCAGGGGUGAAUGGGUUAAUGAUGUACUUUAUUUUCAAACAAAACGUUUGAACUGUAUCAUAAAUAUCAGAUUGAUAGCAGUGUUUGAGCCAGUGUUGACAGAACCGUUGUUGAAAUGUUGACUUAUAUUAAGUGUUCAUGGAUUGUUCAUUUGAGUAUUCCGUCUUAGCGUAUUGCAGAGUUAUCUGCUCUUGAGAGCAGGUAUUGAUUGUUACGUCAUUUGUUUUUGAGA